GCCCCCUCAGUUUUGACUUCCUGGCGCCGGGCCUGAUCAGCCUGUCGGUCCUCAAGAAGAUGGGUUAGGAUCCGCUUGUGGGUCAUCAAAAACAACCAAUAAGUCAUUAAGAAGAUGGUGUAAGACAACUCAUGGAUGUUAUAAGCAAAGUGAUGCAACAAUCAGCCAACGGUUCAUAACCAAGGUGGUGACGUAAGAUCCGCCAGUAGAUAAUUAAGACGACUAGGAUGAGCCAACCCUUCAUAAAGACAGGUUUAGAAUCAGCCAGCAGGGCAUAAAGAAGGCAAUGCUAUGAUCAGCCAUCAUUAAGAAGAUGGGGUUAGGAUCCGAAAGCAGAUCAUUAAAAAGAAAGGGUUAGAAUUAGCCAGUGGUUCAUAAAGAAGAAUGUACUAUUGUGGGAUCAGCCAGCGGGUGAUUAAAAAGACAGCGUUUGGCUCAGUCAGUGGUUCAUUAAAGGUCAGGACUAUGAGCAACAUUCUUAGGCUUUAUUUUACAGGAUCACGACAAGGAAAAUUUUGUAGUAAGGAUUGAAUUGUGUUGGAAGUGUGUGUAGUUGCUUUCAAAGUGCAGCACACAGAUUCUGUGUAUACUAGCUGUGUUUGUGUCUCAGUACUGUAAAAGAGGAGCUAACACGUCUCUCUCUUUGCUGUCCACCUCCCUGUGCUGCUGCGCUCUUACACAACCUUGAGAGACAAUAGGAAGCAUGUCCUCAAUGGAGGUGAAUGUGGACAUGCUGGAGCAAAUGGACCUGAUGGAUAUGUCUGACCAUGAGGCAUUGGAUGUCUUUCUCAAUUCUGGAGGCGAAGACAACAGCGUGGCCUCGCCAAUGCUUGGUCCAGACGUAGAGUCGUUUACCUCAGAGAUCACUCUUCAGGUGCCCACACAGGCCGAUCUGCGGCACAAGCUUGCGUCUCUGUCCUCCACUUGCACAGACUCAGCCAGCCAGGAUACAGAGGCAGGGGAAGAGGAGGAUGACGAUGAUGAUGAUAAUGAUGAAGAUGAUGACAGGGUACAAGCAGCCAGCAUUCUCCCUCCGCUUGUCCAGCCAGAUCAGGAAGAGGUGGAUGAGGAGGGCACGUUACCCGAAAGAGUACAAAACCAGCCAAACAAUAACUGUGAGAGCAGUCGAUCGUCCUGAAAACACAGAGAAUGAGUGACAGACUGUAAAAGAAAGUGUGCUAUGCAUUAGCGUCCAAAGGAAGAGCGUGUACUUGUUUUAUGAAACCCUUUUGGUUUUUGUAAACAUAUUCGUUGUUGUGUGUUGUGUAGUGUAAGCCCGAUCCUGUGCCUGCCCUCCAAAAUCAAUAAAUAUCUUUUAUUCUGUUGGACAGUCA